UUCGCUAUCACGCAGCGACUCGGUCGGAACUCUCGAGUCACGUUGUGGCGUCCCCUUCACCCUCGCGAUAUAUCCAAAUACCCUCCACGAGUUUGGAGCCCCGUCUCGCGAUGACGGGUGACUCCUUGUUCAAAUUUUUGUGCUAGUGUUUACUGACGACACUCGAAAAAAAAAAAAAAUAAAUAAAACAAAUUGAGGAAUCGUUAUCAACAUUUAUCUUCAAAUGAGAUUAAAAAAAAAAAUCUUUGAAAGAAUGUUAAGAAAAAAUCUUCGACUGGUAUUAGUCUUCCACUAAUAGAGAUUAUUAGAUUUUUCUGAAUUAUCAUCAGUUAUCAUCAUCCAUUUUUGCUUUGAUUUUAUCUAAAAACAAUUUUUUGGAAUAGGGGAAAAAAAUAUAAUAAGUGAUUAUUGUUUCAAAUGUGAUUUGGAAACUUGAAUGUUCAAAAGGCGCAGCUCUGACCUAUACCCCAAGCAAGGUGUGUACAUAUAGAAAAACAGAGAUUUCUCAUAAACUGUGCUCUGAAUAUUAAAUUCAAUAUUUUUCAAAAAAGUAUUGAAAACAAAAUUACUGAACUCAAAUAUUCUUUAAUUAUUAUUAAAUCACCCCCAUGUGCAAAGUGAUUAUUAAUAGAGACCAAAAAUGACGGCAAGUCAAUAAAAAAGCAUUUCCAAAAAUUAAUUUAAGGAUUAUUUGGUGUGUAAUUUUAUUGGAAGCUGAUACCCAUUUCGAGAGUAAAAAAAAAAAAGGUUUCAAACCUCAAGUGAUUUGAAGAAUAUAAUAUAUAUAUAUAUAUGAUAAAAACGAGAUGAUGGUGAGAAGUUAAAAUUAUUGAAUCCAUCGAAUUGGAUGAAAUCAGUAUAUAACUUUCCCGGAAGGAUCUCCACUGUUUUUCAAUUAAAAGCUCAUUCGUAAGUUCAUUUAUCGUCGUGCGGUUUUUGUAAUCGGGUUUCGUUUGAACGAAGUAUAGAAAACGAGUAUAAAAAGUUUUUCUUCUUGUACUUCAAAAAAAGUGUGCCGGAGUGAGAAAAAAAAAAAGUAAAGUGAAAUUAAGUUAUAAAAGUGAAAUCCACAGUGUAUUAUUGAUUGGUGAUCUCCGUUAAAUAAAUAUAUAAAUAGUGCGAAUCGAUGUGUUAGAGUUUGUUUUGUAUUUUUUUUUUACUGUGAGUUUUGUCGGGUCAACGUGAGAGAAACCACUUGAUGAGACUGAAGGAAACUUGGCUGUAAAAUUGUUUGCAUCCAUAUAUAGAGAAAGAGAGAGAGAAAGAGAGAGAGAAUGAUGAAUAGUUGUGUUGCGUGAAGGCAAACGCUUCUGAGGUGAUUGCCACCGCCGCAUUACACGAAGAAAAUGUCGACCUGAAAAAAAGGUCGAAGAUUAUAGUGAUCAGUUUUUUAUUAUGUGAGUGAAGUGGAAUCGUCAGAAAAAAAAAAUCAAGAUGACAAACAUCUCAACAAGUUGGAUCAUUAUUGUUAUCACAUUGGCUGUAAUAAUUAACGUAGUCAAUUGCUACAGUAUGCUACAUGGGAGUAGCGGUAAAAAUGGAGAAACUUUUCCAAACACAAUUGAAGAAGCAGCAGCACGAUCGGGGCCCUAUAUCGACAAGUCAGCCUCGAAAAACGUGACAGCACUGUUGGGAAAGACGACGUACCUAAAUUGCCGCGUCAAAAAUAUAAGCAACAAAACGAUGAGCUUACAAGUGUCGUGGGUGAGGUACAGGGAUAUUCACCUGCUGACCAUUGGACGAUACACAUACACGAAUGAUCAACGAUUUCGUGCAAUUCACAACGUGCAGUCGGACGAUUGGACGCUUCAAAUAAAGUAUCCUCAGCACCGAGAUAGCGGGCUUUACGAAUGUCAGGUCUCUACAACUCCACACAUGAGCCAUUUCGUACACCUGAACGUUGUCGAACCGACAACUGAAAUUCUCGGUGGACCUGAUCUUUAUAUUGAUCGCGGCAGUACGAUCAAUCUUACAUGCAUCGUUCUUCAAAGUCCAGAGCCACCCGCAUACAUCUUUUGGAAUCACAACGAUGCGAUAAUCAGCUAUGAUUCUACGAGGGGUGGCGUUUCCGUAGUGACGGAGAAAGGUGACAGCACCACGAGCUUCCUAUUGGUGCAACGAGCCAAACCGUCAGACUCAGGUCGAUAUACAUGUAAUCCAAGUAAUGCUCAACCCAAGUCGAUCACCGUUCACGUACUCAAUGGAGAGUAUCCUGCGGCAAUGCAACACGGUGGUCAAGCCAAACAACCAAGGCUCUACUCACUUCUCCUCUGUCUAUGUCUACUUCUUUACUAAUCGAUCCUCGAUCACAUCAAUCUAUAUCGAGUUAUCACGAGUCAUCCUCAAACGAGAAGAGCCACGUUUUUUAUACUAAAUUCGAUUUUACACCAAAAUACAAUCAUUGCGAGGCUUUUAAAAAUCA